AAUGUAAGUUAACUCAGCUGUUAUGCAAGGCCAAAUGCAGCUUAUAAAAGAAAAUGCUGAACUGUUGGCUACAUUCAAUUUGAAAUUUAUUCUGGUGUUGAUACUGAAUUGCGACUUUUAAGAUGAUAAACUUAGCUAUUCUGUUGGUUGUCGGCGUUAUUGCCAAACAGGCAUACGGGGAUGAACCUGAAGCUAUAGUGGGUGGCAGCAGAGCAAUAUCCGGACAAUUUCCAUAUCAAAUCUCUCUUCGGCGCAACGGUUUGCAUCUUUGCGGGGGCAGUAUUAUAGGCCCCAAACACAUCGUCACCGCCGCUCAUUGUGUUGAAGAUAUGGAACAAUCAUCCUUGACAGUUGUAACCGGUAGUAUCUCUUCGCGCCCCGGUCACGGCCAAAAGCACGAGAUCGAGUGUAUACAGGUACAUCCAGGUUAUACUGGUCUACAGAGGGACGGCUGGAAAGACGAUAUCUGUGUGAUCACUCUGAAAAAACCGAUUACAAUGAGCAACGUCCAAAAUGUAAUUUCUCUAGCCAGUAGGGAUUAUGCUACAGGAAGUUAUCGCGGUGUAAUUAGUGGAUUUGGAAAGACUAGUGUAAAUUCGGAUGUUUCGCCUGAUCUUCUAUACGCCAGCGUGAACAUUUUGAGUAGAAAAGCCUGCACAGAUGCACACCCGAAAAGAAGUUGGAAUGGCGCAUUCACCAAUGAAAAUCAUAUUUGCACUAUGGAGCAGCAUGGAAUAGGUGCUUGCCAAGGUGACAGUGGCGGUCCUCUUGUUAUCAAUGGUGAGCUCUGUGGUGUUACCUCCUGGGUCGUACCCUGCGCCAUGGGAUAUCCUGAUGUAUUUACUGCUGUCUAUCCUUAUUUGAGUUGGAUUAAGGAAUGUCAACAGAGAUGCAUAAUGAAGUUAGCUAUUCUGUUGGUUGUCGGCGUUAUCGCCAAACAGGCAUACGGGGAUGAACCUGAAGCUAUAGUGGGUGGCAGCAGGGCAAUACCUGGACAAUUUCCAUAUCAAAUCUCUCUUCAGUACUGGGAUUUGCAUAUUUGCGGGGGCAGUAUUAUUGGCCCCAAACAUAUCAUCACCGCCGCUCAUUGUGUUGAAGAUUUGAAUCAGAAAUACAUGACAGUUGUAACCGGUAGUACCCGUAGCUCCGGCGACGGGCAAAGUCACGAGAUUGAGUGUAUACAAGUACAUCCAGGUUAUACUGGUCAACGGCGUGACGGCUGGAAGGACGAUAUCUGUUUAAUCACUCUGAAAAAACCGAUUGUAAUGAGCAAAGUCCAAGAUAUAAUUCCUCUAGCCAGUAAGGAUUAUGCUACUGGAGAUAAUGUCGGUACAAUAAGCGGAUUUGGAAAGACUAGUGUAGAUUCGGAUGUUUCGGCUGACCUUCUAUACGCCAGUGUGAACAUUUUGAGUUCGAAAGCCUGUUUAGAUGUAUACCCGAAAAACAGUGGGGGUAACGCAUUCACUAAUGAAAAUCAUAUUUGCACUUUGGCGAAGCGUGGAAUAGGUGCUUGCCAAGGCGACAGCGGCGGUCCUCUCAUAAGCAAUGGUCAACUUGUUGGUGUCACCUCUUGGGUCAGGCCCUGUGCUUUAGGUGUUCCUGAUGUAUUCACUGGUGUCUAUGCUUAUUUGAGUUGGAUUAAGGAAUGUCAACAGAGGUGCUAAUUAU